AUUUCGUUUUUUGACUAAGCCAUGCUUUGCUUUCGUCGUUUUCUGCUUUACUCUGUUUGCUUUAUCUCCUCUUUUUCCUUUUUCUCUCAAGUGGAAAACUAAAGUGCGUUCGUUUUUUCUCUCUUUGAAAAAGUUUCCUCGCUCAAACAAGAAAAAAGUAAAAUUGGCCAACCAGUUGACAUGGAUUUGAAAUUCGAAAAAAAGGGAAAGAGAAAAAUCGGUCGGAAAUGAUCUUGGAAUGUUUAUCUGCUUGCUAAACUGUUCUCGCCGGCUUUGUAGUUUAUCACACCAACUUUUUGACAUUUCACUUCCUUUUUCUUUUCCAGUUUUUUCCCCUCCUUUUCAGGCUGUAAGCUAUUAAUCUCAAAAACUUGUCUCUGAGACUUAAAAAAUGUUUCUGUGAUACCAAAGAGAGUGUUAUGACUCACAAAAAUUGGAGGUGUUCUGAUUUCCUCUGUCAUCCUUCUUUUUGAAGUUUGUUGCAUUAUCAAGUCAGAGUCGUCAGCACCAAAGCAUCUACAUUUAUCUUUAUCUAUAAUGAGGAGAUUCUUAUUUUCUCUCGUGAGGCGUGAUGUGCCAUCCUUUCAUGUGCAAAGAUCUUUGGUGGUUCUAUGAUCUCUUCUCUGGGGUUGACUAGUUCCUUUUCUUACUCAAGAUCUGGACUGUGAAAGGAAGAACCUUGUUUCAUUUUCGAUCGGAUGCGUAUUUUCUUGGGCUGAUCAAAUGGGUGGCUGUGUGUCGACCAGUAGUCGGAGCACUUGUAGUAGCAGGAGCAAUGGAGAGACGACAUCGCCUCCUUGUAUGGGAAUUGGGUUUUGCUGGCAGAAAAGAACAAAGAGAACUUAUUCAGAACGUCAUGUUGCACUGCAGCAUCUACCCACCAUACCCAACCGGGUUUUCAUGAAUGGAAAGAGCCGAACUUCGUGUAUAUUUACUCAGCAGGGACGGAAGGGCAUUAAUCAAGACGCGAUGGUUGUGUGGGAAGAUUUUAUGGAAGAAGAUAUGACAUUUUGUGGUGUUUUUGAUGGCCAUGGGCCUUAUGGCCAUCUUGUUGCCCGCAAAGUGAGGGAUGUCCUUCCCGUUAAGCUCCAAUCUUUUUUGCACUCCUGCAAUUCCAAGCAAAAUGAAUCAGGCUUAACCUGUUUCAAUGGGAAUGCAAGGAAAACGGAUGCAGGUAAUUGUGAGGAUGAUGACACGGCAGAAGACAAGCUGAAUUCUUUAUGGAGAGACGCCUUCUUAAAGUCAUAUAAGGCUAUGGAUAAAGAGCUCAGAUCCCAUCCUCACUUGGAUUGCUUCUGUAGCGGCAGCACAGCGGUAACAAUCGUUAAACAGGGUUUGAAUCUCUUUAUGGGAUAUAUUGGUGACUCUCGGGCAGUCCUAGGAUCCAAGGACAGUAAUGAUUCAAUGGUGGCGACCCAGCUCUCUGUGGACAUGAAGCCGGAUUUGCCCAGAGAGGCUGAAAGGAUCAAACGGUGUAAAGGCAGGGUAUUUGCGUUGCAAGAUGAGCCUGAAGUGCCUCGGGUUUGGUUGCCAUUCGAUGAUGCCCCAGGGUUGGCAAUGGCUAGAGCUUUUGGUGAUUUCUGUUUGAAGGAGUAUGGCGUGAUAUCAAUACCUGAAUUUUCUCACCGGGUGCUUACAGAAAGGGAUCAGUUUAUUGUCCUUGCUUCAGAUGGGGUUUGGGAUGUUCUUAGCAAUGAAGAGGUGGUGGAGAUAGUGGCUUCUGCUCCGAGCCGGGCAUCAGCUGCAAGGAUCGUGGUGGAUUCAGCUGCUCGUGAAUGGAAACUCAAGUACCCAACUUCAAAGAUGGACGACUGUGCUGUUGUUUGUCUGUUUCUAGAUGGAAAAAUGGACUCGGAAUCUGAUUAUGAAGAACAAGGUUUUUCCUCGGCAACCUUACAGAGCAAUCACUCAGGCAAUGCAUUAGAAUCAGAUGAUGGGCAGAGGGCUGAGCCGUCUCUGCAGAGGAACUUCACAGUAAGGUCCUCAGAAGAAAACGAUAACUACGGAAAGAUCCCCGUAGAAUCUGAAGGUAAUGGGGAACCUGUUGCAGCUGAAGACCAGGACUGGUCGGGUUUGGAAGGUGUCACCCGAGUCAACUCGCUCGUCCAACUGCCGAGAUUUUCCGAGGAAAGGCCAGUUCUUUGAAUUGUCAUUUCCAGUGCGAAUAUGGGUCACCUCUUUGUAACUGUAACAUACCCGAUUUUGUGCCUCGUAAAAUCCGAGGGAGGAAUGGAUCUUCCAGGAUUCAUGGGCUUUGUGUAGAACAGCUUCUUUUGAGUGAAUUAUUUGCAUCAGCAUUUGUUCUGUUGUA